AUGGUGCCCUUGCCUUCGCAGAAGUUUGGAGGGACCGGCCUCAAAGUGGCAUGCCUGUCUCGGGGCGGUCGUGAGCCGGGCUUCAAGAAAACCAACCAGGACAAUUGCUUUGCCUUUGAGAAGUACAUUCAGCACCACCAGUCGUUGUUUGGAACCUUCGACGGGCACGGGCCAAACGGGCACCUAGCGUCCUCUUACGUGAAACACCACUUGCCGCUGAAUCUUGUGACGCAGCUGAGCAACAACGAGGACGUGGGGGUAGCUCUGACAAAGGGCUUCUUGCAAGUGGACGCGGCCAUGACCAAGACACCCUCGGUGGACUGCGAAUUCAGCGGCACCACCGCUGUCGUCAGCCUGCUGCAGGGGAAUACGUUGACCACUGGAUGGGUUGGCGAUUCGAGGGCGGUGAUCGGCAGGGGGGAGGGAGGCGGCCCGAUGCAAGCUGUAGCCCUGACAAGUGACCACAAACCUAUUGAUCCAGGGGAAAAAGAGAGGAUCUUGGAGGCCAAUGGAAGGGUCGAAAGGUGA